UCUCCCUCUCUCUGCGCCCGUGUGCGUUUCUUGGGUCUUCUCUUCUCUUCUACUGCUCGCUGGAUAAAAACAAGCGAGGAACCGGAUGCAAAGAAGACGUGAAAUGUAAGCAAGGAGCAAGCACACACUCUGAGCCAGUGAGUGAGCCGAGCAGGAGCAGCAGCAGCAGCAGAGAGGCUGUUGUCAACGAGAGAGAAGAGAAGAGCAGGGCAAGAUUUCAUCUUGGCGAGUGAGGUGAAGGCUCCAGGCUCUGGUUCGCCAUGAAAUUCAUGAAGCUUGGGUCCAAGCCGGACGCCUUCCAGACCGACGGCGGGGACUCCAGAUAUGUGUUGUCUGAACUUCCAUCAGACAUUGUCAUCCAUGUGGAGGAGGCAAGGUUCUACCUUCACAAGUUCCCAUUGCUGUCCAAGAGUAGCCUUCUGCAAAGGCUGAUCAUUGAGGCCAGCCAGAAUGGCACUGAUGAGGUUUACAUCCAUGACAUCCCUGGUGGAGUGAAAACAUUUGAGAUCUGUGCAAAGUUCUGCUAUGGCAUGGUUGUGACCCUCAACGCGUACAAUGUCGUCGCCGCAAGAUGCGCCGCCGAGUACCUUGGGAUGACUGAAGAUGUUGACAAGAGCAACCUGGUGUUCAAGAUCGAAGUCUUCCUCAAUUCCGGCAUCUUCAGAAGCUGGAAGGACUCCAUCAUAGCACUUCAGACCACUGAUGCAUUGCUGCCAUGGUCGGAGCAGCUGAAGCUGGCUGCAAGGUGCAUUGACUCCAUUGCUUCCAAGGCUACCUCCAACCCCUGCAAUGUGGUGUGGUCAUACACAUACAACCGGAAAUCGGCGUCGUCCGACGAGAUCGUGGAGGCCAGGAAGAACUCGCAGCCGGUGCCGAAGGACUGGUGGGUUGAGGAUCUGUGUGAGCUGGAUGUGGAGCUUUACAAGCGUGUCAUGGUGGCCGUGAAGUCGAGAGGAAGGAUCACUCCUGAUGUUGUUGGAGAAGCUCUGAGAGCCUAUGCUUCCAGAUGGCUUCCUGAAUGCUUUGAUGACGAUGACGGCGCCGGAGCCUACUCCAUGGCGUACAAGCAUCUCCUCGAGACUAUCGUCUGGUUGCUGCCGUCAGACAAGGGGUCGUCGUGCUGCUCGUGCCGGUUCUUGCUCAAGCUGCUGAAGGUGUCCGUCCUGAUCGGUGCCGGUGAGCUCCUGAGGGAGGAGCUCAUGGACAGGGUAGUCCUGCAGCUGCACAGGGCCUCCGCCGGCGACCUCCUGAUCCCGGCAAGGCCGCCGGCGCCGACCGCCUACGACGUGCAGCUGGUGCUGACGCUCGUCGGACGGUACAUGAGGCGCGCCGGAGUGGGCGAGGAUGGGAUCUUCCUCAGCAACCUCGACCAGGAGAUGUUCGAGACCGGCAUCGUCGACGACGAGUCUUUGCUUGCUCUGUCCAAGAUCGUUGAUGGGUACCUCGCCGAGGUCGCCUCUGAUCCAAACCUGUCGGUCUCAAGCUUCGUGGCAUUGGCAACCUCCAUGCCUGAUGCGGCGAGAGCGACACACGAUGGACUGUACACCGCCAUUGAUGUCUUUCUCAAGUUGCGUCCGAGCCUGCCAAAGGCGGAGAAGAGGAAGAUCUCGAGCUUGAUGGACGUGAAGAAGCUGUCGAAGGAGGCGUGCAUCCACGCGGCGCAGAACGACCGCCUCCCGCUCCGCGUCGUCGUGCAGGUGCUCUUCUUCGAGCAGCUUCGCGCGGCGGGGGGCGGCCCGGCGGCGGCGCCCAACAUGGCGCGGGUGGUGGAGGAGGAGGACGACGACGGCGGGGACUGGAAGUCCCGCGCGCUCCUGGUGCCGGGGCAGCAACCGGCGCCGUCGCCGCUCAAGAAGCAGCUCGGGAGCCUGAAGCUCGCCGGCGGCGGCGACGAGGGCGACGACGGGCGGCGGCUGGCGAGGGUGAGCAGCGUGGCGAACCAGAGCAGCAGGCUGUCGCUGUCGUCGCGGUCGCGGUCGCGGCGGAUCUUCGACAAGCUGUGGGCCGGCGGGAAGGCGCCCGGCGGCGAGGUGGUCAGCAAGAGCUCCGACACGUCGGGGAGCUCGCAGAGCCCGAGGUCGUCGGCCAAGCCGCCGGAGUCCAAGUCCUCCAGCUCGUCGUCGAGGAACCGCCGCUACUCCGUCUCGUAGUCCAGAGCCGGCGCGGGUGGCGACGCGGAUGCAUGUACAGGGGGAAAGGAGAGAGCUUGGUCCGUGAGCAAUGGCGGCGAUCGAUGAACUGCUGCUGCGACUGCGAUGGCUAGAGUAGUGAUCGCUUUCUCAUCUCUGAAGAUCCAAGAAUGUAUUCAGAAUUAAUCAUCAAAACGCUGGCAUCUCGAGACAGACAUGAAUCCCCUGGUUUUUGUUCCAACUACGCUUAACUUGGUGAGAUCUAGGCAAAUUAAUCAUCAUUUUGACAGUUCUGUUUGGUGG